AUGUUUGGUGGCGGGGAUAGCGAGGUGGUGGGGGGGCGAAUUAGCAGCUUGUCAGGGGGUGGCGGUGGGGGCGGGCAGUGGGGCCCGGAGGAGACUCGGGAGCUGAUCCUCAUACGGGGUGAGCUUGAGAGGGACUUCACCACUGCCAAGCGCAACAAGACCCUUUGGGAGAUUGUCAGUGCCAGAAUGAGGGAUAGAGGCUACAGCCGAACCCCUGAUCAGUGCAAGUGCAAGUGGAAAAAUCUUCUCAAUCGAUAUAAGGGGAAGGAGACGUCUGAUCCUGAGAAUGGUCGCCAAUUUCAGUUCUUUGAGGAACUGCAUGCGGUAUUCGCUGAAAGAGCCAAGAAUAUGCAGCGCCUCCUACUUGAAUCGGAGGCAGGUUCUGCCCAGGCAAAGAAAAGAAUGAAGAGAAUAAGCACAGAUAGAUCCUCCGAUGAAUUCUCUGAAGAAGAAGAUGAGGAUGAGGAUGAAAGUGAAGAGGAAAGGCCUGCUAGAAGCAUUUCACGAAAGAGGAAAGCUGACAGAAUUGUAUCGGAUAAAUCUCCUAAACCAAAUUCUGGCACUAGUGCUACUACUACUGGUCUCCAGGAAAUGCUAAGGGAAUUUUUUCUUCAGCAACAGAGGAUGGAGAUUCAGUGGAGGGAGAUGAUGGAGAGGCGUGCCCGUGAGAGACAGUUGUUUGAGCAGGAAUGGCGGCAGUCGAUGGAGAAGCUUGAGAGGGAGAGGCUGAUGGUUGAACAGGCUUGGAGGGAGAGGGAGGAGCAGAGGAGGCUUAGAGAAGAGAGCCGAGCUGAGAGAAGGGAUGCCUUGUUAACUACUCUCUUGAACAAACUCAUAAACAAUAAUAAUCUCUGACCUGGAACAUUUUUUAUCUUUUUUAAAGAUGAAUAUACAAAAGUUUGAUGAUGCUAGUGAAAGAAUAGGAGUUGCUAUUUGCUAACGAGCCUGUUUGCACAAAGAAACAUGGAAUGUAUGUUGAGUUGGUAUUUGCUAAUGAGCCUGUUUCUCCCCUAAGCGUAAUAUGCGGGCUUACAAGUAGAAGAUAAGAACUGUUUGACGUUAAAAGAAGUUGCUGGAAUAUGCGGUGUUGCAUCUACUGCCAACAAGUUCCCUGCAGGAUCCUCGUAACACUGCUGCUAACCUGAAGAGUUUAGUUGGGCAUCGUUUGGAUUAAUUUGUUUAAUUAGUUUUCCCUCCUUUUAAUAUGUGUGCUGAACUGGAUAAAGAACAAAUCCACAGAGCAAUUAAUGAGGAAGAUAAUGCAGUUUGUUCUGGUCAUGACAAUCCAACUGAGAGUGGCGGCAGAGGAAAAGUGUGAGCUUUUGAGUGAGGCUUCUGUUGAGGUGCCAAUUGUAAAUGAAAUUCGAUGCUGUUGCCUCUGGUUCCCAAAAGACUGAAGCGUGCAGAAUGAAGGUUCGCCAAAACACCUGACUACACCAAAGUCAACAGCAGCGUGGCAGGCAAAAGCAGCACUGAUAUCGAGAAGCAGCAGGGAAAGAAAAUGAGCAGAUACAACAGGACAGGAGAGAUAGCAGAGGAGGAGGCAAAUGAUUUUAAAUCGUGCCUGUAGAACGACAGACCAUUUUUAAAAUGUAGUAAAAUUAACGAAUGCAGUGUAGAAGUGGUUUUUAGGUGGAGGAGACUUAGUUUAGGAAUUGAUUUUUGUAGUUUCUUUCCUUGUAUCAAUAUUGUCAUAUGGUAAAACGAUGGUGGAAGUGAUUUAACUAUUUUGGUCUUAUCAUCUUAUGCAAUUUACUUCGUCCUGUGGAGCAUCAAGUUUUCUUGCCUCAUCAUCGUUACACUUGCAUCAGCCGAUGGAUUAUAACUUGUAAGGUCUAAUUACUAACAUUUUCGAGUUAAGUAUAAUUAUAAGGCCAACCCAAGAACGGCCCAAUAAUUCGGUCU